AUGGAUCACAAUGCACUCAGCACCUUCCAAGGACUUCUGGUGGGCUCACAGAGAAAGAAGAACCUCCCACCAUAUGGAGUCUCCAUCAAUCUUCUCCCCUGGAUUUGCUGGUUCAUUUGGUGUUUUCGCAACCAUCUCCUCUUCCAAAACAUGACAUAUUCACCACAGGAGACCUUUAACAAAGCUAUCUAUUUGGCGAGGGAAUGGGAAAAUGCCCAAAAACCCAAGUCAGCAAGAGGACCUUUUACCAUCGCAGCCCCGCAGCUCCCGACUGAAACGAGCUCUGCAAUCCGAUGCAACACAGACGCGGCCUGGAGAUCGGACUCAACAACAGCAGGAAUCUGCUGGAUCUUCACAGCUCCAUCUACAGUGGAAGUCAAUAGGAGAUUGAAGAUUCAGAUGCAUGUAUCCUCCCCGCUUCUCGCAGAAGCCUUAGCCAUCAGGGAAGCUCUCCAACAGGCGAUCUCCCUCAAGCUCACUCAUAUCUGGGUACGCUCAGACUCUCAAGUGCUCGUUAGAGAAAUCGACCGGAAUCGAAAUUCAUCGGAAAUCCACAGAGUUCUCUCAGACGCCGUUUAA